UGAUAGACACAAUUCUCGGCCCCCACUUUCGACAUCACUGACGAACCGUCACGCUUCCUCAGCCGUGCUGUCAGCAAGACAUGGACGGAAUUGAAGUGGCACAUUCCCAUCACAGACCUGUAAUAGAUGGUCAGGGUAUUGAAGUGGUACCCGAUUCUGAAAAAGAGGUCAGUCAGAACAACGAUCCGAUCUACGUUUCCGGGCCAAACAGGCCAGGUGACUCGGCGGAAGAUGAUUUGAAAAAUCCGAAUAAAACGAUAUGUGGGCUGAAGCCGACUGUCUUCUGGACUUUACUUGCCAUCGCAUUACUGGUGGUCAUUGGAGCCGCUGUUGGUGGAGGAGUGGGAGGGACACUUGCAAACCGUCAUACUUCAGAGCCAUCAACAACAAACGGUUCCUCAUCCUCUACAUCAUCUACAUUCUUAACGAUAUCGACAACGUCAACCACUUCCACGGCCGCAACAACUAAAACUGCAUCCACAACGAGUUCAGCCCCCGUCACUUCGGGCACGACGGGCGUAGCCGCGAAUCCUUGCCCCGGAAAGAACUUGACAACGGUCACCGGCUCCGAUGGCUCAAUUUUCACUCUUUUGUGUGCAGUUGACUGGCCAAGAGGAGAACCAGCCUCCUCAGGCAAUGGGACGGUGAAGGAUCUUACUCGUACCACUCGCUAUACGCUACAAUCCUGCAUCUCGGAUUGUGUCGAUUGGAACAAAGAUAACUCCAAUGAUUCCACGUGCAAGGGGAUUAUUUAUACUGCCAACCUGACGGCGGCAUAUGAUGGUGGACAAGAUGGUAACUGUUUUUUGAAGAACAGCGUUGGCGUUUAUUAUCCUAACAGUAAUACUUCAAUGGCGGCAGGAAUGUUGGGAGCCUAG